UCUAUUUUCCUUUAAAUAGUCUCUUCAUUCCAGCUCUAUUCACUAUUUGUAAAAUACCAAUUUUUCAGAAGAAUAGUUAUUAUGCCCGAUGACACAAACAAACAAACGGGCUUUGUGACACGUUCGCCUGAGUCGCGUAUUAGCGAUAUGUGGGUUACGACAGACUCCGAUAACUUCGAACAAGAUCAAAACCACGCGGAUGACGGUGUUACUGAUGCAUUGGAUAUGUCAAUAAAACUUGAACAAUCCAGACAGACCAAUGUGGAAAUGGGUGGUGAAAUUUGGAUGUCGUCUGGAGCGUCAAGAGUGCCGUUUACGAAGCGAGAGAAAGAAUUCCUAUGCGCUCUGAUCCAAAAGCAUGUUUAUACUAAAGUUGGGGAACAAUGCGAUAUGUCAAAUUUGGGAUCUUUCAACCAAAAAAAUAUGUCAACGUUUUGUCGGGUUCCAAAUGCGGCAUGGAAAGCGAUAGAAACGGAAUUUAAUGCCAAAGAAAAUGUGCGUCCAAGAAGCGUAAAGCAAUUGAGAAAAUGUUGGGAGAAUCUCAAACACAGAGGCAAUAUCGACCCUGCUGCAUUGUACAGCGGGAAGAAAUUAUUUGCCCGAACGUCUAUGAGUGGUGCAUUCACAUUGACCGCUGCUGGCGAGGAAGGAAACAAUGAACCGGCCCCAUCGUCAUCCACGGCAGAACCACCAUCUGAUCAGGGAUCUUUCGUUGAAACAUCUUUUAAUGAGGAAGCCUCUUCAAAUCAAGACCAUUCUAUAGUUCAAGCUAUUGAGUCCUUCUCACCAGACGUUUCACCAAAUAGUUACAACACUGAUACUAAUGUCCCAACGAACCUAAACGGCGUUGAAGAAAACCUCUUUCGCCUUGGCGGCGAUCACACUACAAGCGUAGCUGCAAUAACCUCUUCAUCUUUGGCUGCGUCGCAACUGAUUGCAUCUUUCUCGCGGUCAUUAAACACUCCAUCUCAAUUUGGUAGUCCUGCAGUUCGACCAGCUUCCAAUCGCCUGCAAAGGAUCACAAACGUUAGAACCGUGAGAUCCUUGAAGCCAAUGCAUACCCAGCCUCCGCGGCGUCGAUUAACUCCAGAACACAAUCGAGAGCAUUUGACUGGUCCGCGAGCCAAUUCGAAUUUCUCAAUGUUGAACAAAACUAAUAGUCAACGCAUACAUGGAAUGAAAAUGAAGCUCAUGUCUGCUAGGAUUAAGGAACACGAAGCGAACAUAGAAAAGGUCAACAUGCAAAUGCAACAGGCCCAAGCUCGUCAUGACGUCACCAUGCGCUUAUUGCGCACAAAGGCUGCUUGGUACGAUGCUCAUUUACGCAAGUUGGAAAAACAACUUCAAGAUGGGGACGUUUCGCUCGUGGGCGAAGAUGACGAGGAAUAUUUAGGUGACAGUUUUAACGAACUUGAAAUGCAAUAUGAAGAAGAUUGAAGAACAUUUAUUAAAUCCUUUCUUUGCGAUUAAAUUUGAUGGGGUGUACAAAAUUUCAUCAAAUUUUUUUUUUGAAACAUUUUUAGCAUACUUUUUGUUUUUGUUUUUCCCUUUUGUUCUCAGACCAUUACUGAUGUUCUCGUUGUUGGAUACUUUUGUUUUAGUUGUUUUUCAUGACUUUUUCUACUAUUCUCUUUAGUUAACUGUAAUCAGAGUAAUUUUUGCUUUAUGAUAGAAUUAUAUCAUGUGAUUACGUUUUAGAGUACCGAUCCUCUGUCCACAAACAUAUAUUAAAUAAUAGUAUUUAAUUUAACGUUUUCAUUGAUAUAUAUGUAAAUAUUCUAACGGAACGAUAUAUAAAAAGCGCCAAAUAAAUUAAAAGGAAAACCUUGGGAGGUUUUCAAACAAAUAACGUUGUUUAUGUAACUAGUACAAAUGGCUCCACAAAAAUGUCUCCCAACGAUUUUUUCAACAUAAAUUUGUUUGUCAUUUUCAAACUCAAAGAUAUACACGCCUGAACAUACCAUCGCAGACUGGGCAUUUAACGAAAAAUCUGAUUGCCGUCAAGUGUUCUUUUUUUGUCUAUUUUCUAUUCUGUACAAUACACAAGUUAUUUCAUGCUA